GUUUUGUCCAAUUUCUGGUGUUUAGUUCACCGACUGGAAACUGGAAAGCUUCCCGAUUUGCAGCUCUCACUUUCCAUGUCUGCCUCGUAACCUGCCAAUGUCAUCAAUGUGAACACAACACACACGCUUUCUCUCUCCCUCUCCCUCUCCCUCUGUAUACAUAAACACACACAUCAUAUGUAUAUCAUCCUCUGGUUUGAUGAUAAUUGAGUAAAACCUCCAUUUCCGGAGGUGGAGGAACAACCAUGACAAAGAAGCCGGCUCAAGCGCCACAGGUAGUUGCCGCAGUCGUCAAGCGCCACGUCAUUUGGAUGGGAUGGAAGCUAAUCAUCCUCCUCUCUGUUUCCCUCUGUCUUUUUGCUCUUCUCAGACUCCAUUUCCUCUACGAUUCCUACUCCUCUCCCGCAAUUCAUCGCUCCAGAUCUCCAAUUACUCGCCGCGCUAACUUGGAAUUCACCGGACCUCCUAAGAUUGCCUUCCUGUUCCUCGCCCGUCAAUACCUUCCCCUCGAUUUCCUCUGGGGCGCCUUCUUCGAGAAUGCCGACGUGGCCAAUUUCUCUGUUUAUAUUCACUCUUCGCCUGGUUUUAAGUUCGACGAGUCCACUACUCGCUCUCAUUUCUUCUAUGGUCGCCAAUUGAAGAAUAGUAUUCAGGUAGUAUGGGGAGAAUCAAGUAUGAUUCAGGCAGAGAGGCUGUUACUUUCAGCUGCCUUAGACAAUCCUGCUAACCAAAGAUUUGUUCUUCUCUCUGACAGCUGCGUUCCCCUCUACAACUUUAGCUACAUAUACAGCUACAUGAUGGCUUCUUCCAAAAGUUUUGUAGACAGCUUUCGUGAUACAAAAGAAGACCGCUACAACCAGAAAAUGUCCCCUAUCAUACAGAGACACAAAUGGCGAAAGGGAUCCCAGUGGAUCACCUUAAUCCGAAGCCAUGCAGAAGUGAUAGCGGAUGAUGAGGUUAUAUUUCCUGUCUAUCGGAAAUAUUGCAAGAGGCGCCUACCUUUGGAUGCCAGAAAGGGAAAGUUGAAUCUUAAACUUCAAAAGCAGAAUAACUGCAUACCUGAUGAACACUAUGUGCAGACAUUGCUUUCGAUAGCUGAUCUGGAAGGUGAACUUGAAAGAAGAACUUUGACCUAUACGGUGUGGAAUCUGUCUGUAACAAGAAUGGAAAGUAAGGGAUGGCAUCCUAUAACAUUCACAUAUGCAAAUGCAGGCCCCAAAAAGAUCAAGGAAAUAAAGGCUAUCAAUCAUGUGUACUAUGAGACUGAAUACCGGACAGAAUGGUGCCAUACUAACUCUACAUCAGUUCCCUGUUUCCUAUUUGCAAGGAAGUUCUCCAGGGGAGCUGCCAUGCGCCUUUUGAGUGAGGGAGUAGUUAGUCCUUAUGAUGCCUCCACAUUACUGGCUACAUGAUACAUCCAACUGAUCAAUAGCAGUCUUAACUGUCAACUGACCACUAGACAGAACAGCGACGACACUCAAGUCACACACAAACUUAUUACACGCUGUACAAAAAGAAUAGAUAUGAAUACAUAAUUAUUGUGACCAAGAAUUGCAACAACAGAAGAAUUAUGAUUAAUCAUGAAGGAAAUGAGUUAGUAGUGACAACAUCAGAAAUAUUACAGUUUUAUGAAACCAUAAUCCACGAGUUCUCCUGAAGUGUCUGGCUUUGUAGUCUAAACAAAGACUCUUCAUAUACAUAUAAUUGUUGUUUUCUCUUGGAACAAUCUUUCACAUAAUUUUAUAAUAAUUUUAUCAUACUCA